UUACGCCUAAGAGAACUAACGCACUGUUUGUGGUGAAAGUCAUUUGUUUUGAUGGAAUUAAGUGUGCUUACAAUUAUAAUUGAGUGAGUUAAAAUGUACGAUAAAAAUGAAAACGUAUUUCAGAAGUUAUGGCGUUUCCUCCGCACAUACAUCUUGACAGUGCCUCGCUUCGACCUGUUUCUCCAGGGAGCGCUUCUGAUCCUCAUUCUGUUGGACCAUAACGUGUAUAUCCUGCUGAAACGAGACGCUGAUGCUGGAUAUCACCCUCAGUUAGUUCAAGACUGGGUAUUCCUAGGGGCGUCAGGCGCAGAGUUCGUCUUUGGCGUGUUCAUCGCGUGGACUGGCAGAAAGCAGCGUCAUCUCGCCUUGUCUUGCUGGCUAGCUCUGACGGCUGCCUCGGCGCUACUUGUGUUGGCUUUCCCGUUCAGUGGGGAGGUGUACCGGGAUGUGGGAACAUGCGGCAACGACGUAACCCAGUAUCCAGAUACUGACCCCAACAUCAUCCCUCGGACAAUACUGCUGAUCAUCACUGCUAUCUGCUGCUGCCUGACCAAGAUCUCCAUCUGGUCGCAUGGCCUAACGUACCUGGAUGACCACGAGCCGCAGAAUGGACCUUACUUUUAUGGCAUCCUCAUAUCGAUCCGUCUAUCGCUGGGCCUGUCUGGGCAAACAUGGCUGAUACCUGGGGGCUACAGGGACGACUGGUGGGAGGCACACUUAUCACUGGCGAUGUUGACUCUCAUGUUCGCCGUCCUUUUCACGCUGUUCCCGAAACAAAUGCCGAAUUAUGAGCCCCCUGAUUUGAAGGAAGAUGAUGGGUUCCUGCCUUCAGUGUACAGAGUUCUUUGCAACAAGGCUGUUCUUCUGCAGAUUGGAGCCCUUGCCUUUCUGAACAUAGGACUCUUCUGCUUUGUAGACUACAACCAAGCUUUCAUUCAGGCACGUUUCCACUUGGAAACCCUGAGAGCAGACCCUCGUACUCCGACCCUGGCGACCAGCAUCUUCAGGCCGAUGGUCAUCAUAUUCUUUAUCAUGAUCUUCAGAAUCCGUUUCUCAGUUCGCCGACUUGACGGCGUCAAAGCCAACACUGCGGCCAGGGUGGGCGGCGUGGUGGCGUUGUUCGCCGCCGUCUGCCUGGGGGUUCUCGCCGUGCUGGACUGCGGGGUCCAGGACGUGAGGGGAACCGGCGAUGUUUACACACAGCCGGGUUGCAGCCAGCGGUGUGGUUGCAAUUCUGAACUGUACGGGUUCGCUCCCGUUUGUGAUAUGGACACGUCUACAACCUACUUCUCUCCUUGCCACGCGGGGUGUUCCAUUAGCGAGGAGUACGGAGGGUUGACCUUCUUCUCAAACUGCACUUGUGUUCAGACCGCCUACAGGGGAGCUUGCAGCGUAAUGUCGUGUCAGGGAACGUACGGCAUCUACCAGGCAAUCUUCACUAUCACUCUUGCUAUCGCUGGAUCAUCGUUCCUGAUGCAAGACAUGGUGCUACUCCGGGCUGUUCAUCAUCACGACAAGGCUGUCUCAGUGGGGGUGGGGUUCGCAAUAAUAGCGUUACUGUCACAUGUACUAGGGCAUCUGCUGUAUAUGUUUAUAAGUGAUCAAACAUGCUUAUACAAACACGACGGUGCCUGCCUUCUCCACCAGCCCUCGAUCCGUUGGAUGCCUAUCAUCAGCGCCAUCAUGGCUGUCCUGUCAGCUAUAGUCAGCCUUAUAGCCAGCAGAGUGGCUUAUAGUGUUGAUGAGUUACACUGAAUAGCUUUUCUAUAGUUCUAUAUUUAUAUAAGAAGUAACGAUUGUAACUUGAAAUUGUUUGUAAGACGUCAUCUUUGAAGAUAUUAGACUACCUCCGUCUCUUUCAAAUUUCGUCUCUUAAAAUGGUUUGUAAGGGAAAGAGACGGAGGCAGUCUAAUAUCUUCAAAGAUAUUAGACUGCCUCCGUCUCUUUCCCAUGGAUGUUGUGAAAGGCGACUAAGGGAAUACACGACGGUGCCUGUCUUCUUCACCAGCCCUCGAUCCGUUGGAUGCCUAUCAUCAGCGCCGUCAUGGCUGUCCUGUCAGCUAUAGUCAGCCUUAUAGCCAGCAAAGUGGCUUAUAGCGUUGAUGAGUUACACUGAAUAGCCUUUCUUUAGUUCUAUAUUUAUAUAAGAAGUGUAGCGACAUCUCUACGCCACUCGUCACAACAUCCAAUCAAAACAACUACUGUCAAUCAUCGCGAAGAAAUUGACGCGCCCAACCAAUAGCAGCGAAGAAUCUAAAUCGCGAUUUCAAAGAUUUCACGGAUUGGAGCAUAAAUACAACCUCCGACACAACAUCGUCUGUCGCGCGGUUCCCCAGGCGUCUCAUCAGCCUGGCGGAAGAUCUUCCCUUUGGUUGGCGGUCGAGCCGAAUCAUCGCUCCCGCUACAGAAGUAACGAUUGUAACUUAAAAUUGUUUGUAAGGCGUCAUCUUUGAAGAUAUUAGACUACCUCCGUCGCUUUCCCAUGGAUGUUGUGAAAGGCGACUAAGGGAAUACAAGACGGUGCCUGUCGGUUCUUCACCAGCCCUCAAUCCGUUUAAUGCCGAUCAUGCCGUGGAAUAGUUAUUUUGGUCAUCAUUGAAGCCCUCAAGGAUGUUAUUUUUUUCCCGUUUUUUUCACAUUUGCCAUUAUUUCUUUGCUCCUAAAAGUUGCAGCGUGAUGCUAUAUAGCCUAAAGCCUUCCUCGAUAAAUGGUCUAUUCAAAACAAAAAUAAUUUUUCAAUUCGAACCAUUAGUUCCUGAGAUAAGCGCGUUCAAACAAACAAACUCUUCAACUUUAUAAUAUUAGUAUAGAUGAGUUACAUUGAAUUGACUU